UCUCCUCGCGCAUGCGCUUUUUGUCAUUAUUCCGAACAGCAAUGGCGUCUUCCUUCACUGUACACAGGUUACAUAUGCGAGGAAGAAGUCGCCUUGAGAAAUGCCGAAACACGUUUGAAACAAUUUUCCGAAGGAGUGUUGGAACAGAGCCGGAGGUCGCCCAGACCCAGGGAGCUCGUGGAGACCACAGUGGAGAUAAAGAUGGACCCAAGUCGUUGUACAAUCUCAUGGCAGACAGACAAGAACAGGCGGAGAAGUCUGUUCUCAUCAGCUGCCCAUCCAGAACCAGCGAGAAAAGGUUCCUAAAGUUUUUGUCAAAUCACGGGGACAUCAAGAAGCACUUCUUUUAUGAAAGUUAUGGCGUGUACGCUGUUGUGGAGUUUGCCAGCCGGGACAAUGUCGUCUCUUUACUCGAGUCAGCCGCCAUUCCAGGGGUCAGCCAUGAAUCUGUGGUACCCUUUAAGUCCAGACUCCUGUCACUGAGAAAUCACAGCUCAGUGGACUCACCAACCCAACAGUCGGGCCUGCCAUGCCAGCCCCAGACCACUGUUCCCAUCAGUGAGCUCAUCCAGAGGCUGUCCAGGGAGGAGAGUGUGGACGAUCAGAUAAACUCCCUGACUGAAGCUUAUCAGCUUACUGAAGAAAACAGCAGGCUGCGCUUUCUCGUCUGUUCUCUGCUCAAAGACAUCGCUGCUUCCUAUUUCCCAGAAUGCACCAUCAGACCGUUUGGGUCGUCAGUGAACGGCUUUGGGAAGCUCGGCUGUGACCUGGACAUGUUCCUUGAUCUGGACAGUAUCAGUGGCUGGAAUAUGAAAAUGCCCAAAUCAGGACUGUCCCUUGAAUAUCAGAUGAAACGGACCAACUCUGAGCGCCACGUCACCCAAAGCAUCUUGUCUGUCAUCGGGGAAUGCGUGGACCACUUUGGGCCUGGCUGCGUAGGGGUACAGAAGAUUCUCAACGCUCGCUGCCCUCUGGUCCGUUUUGCCCACCAGCCCUCAGGCUUUCAGUGUGACCUCACAGCCAACAACAGGGUGGCGAUGAAGAGCACUGAGCUGCUGUAUCUGUAUGGAGAGCUGGACCCGCGGGUCCGCAGCCUAGUUUUCACCAUCCGCUGCUGGGCACGGGCUCACGGCGUCACCAGCAGCAUUCCCGGGGCCUGGAUCACCAACUUCGCCCUGACCGUCAUGGUCCUGUUCUUCCUGCAGAAGAGAACCCCUCCCAUCAUCCCUAAACUGGACUACCUGCGGGACCUUGCAGGUCCCGCAGACGAGAGCGUGAUUGAGGGGAACGACUGCACGUUUGUCACAGACUUCAGCAAGAUUCAGCUCCCGAGCAACACAGAAACGCUGGAGCAACUGCUGAGUGACUUUUUUGAGUUCUACGCCAUGUUUCCGUUCAGCAGGAUGUCCAUAAACAUCAGGAAGGGAAAAGAGCAAAACAAGCUAGAGGUGACGCCACUGCACAUCCAGAAUCCUUUUGAGACAUCUCUGAACGUCAGCAAGAACGUCAAUUCUUCCCAGUUGGACCGCUUUGUGGCUUUGUGUCAAGAGAGCGCAUGGCUACUCCAACAGAGUGAAAACAGAACACCAAGAGGUGUUGGUGGGGACAACACUCCCACACCGUGGGGCCUUGCCACCCUGCUCUUGCCUUCUCAGGUGGCAGGAAUCAAAGGUCGCAAGAAGCGAAAACGGGAGCCAGCCAGUGAGAGGAUUAAGAGCUUGCUGGAGUCUCUGAAGAACAAAAACGAAGGCUGGAAGAGCCAAGACUCUUGAAGAUAUUUUCAUAUUUCAUUAGAACUUUACCCAAACACCAUUUUAUUCUCGAAGCCCAUCUGAAACUGCGGGAAAAUGGCAGAGACAGCAGCUUUAGAACUUGGACUUCAGUUCCUGACGUGGACACUUGGGGGUGUUCCUGUCCUCUGUAUGUGAAUAUGAGCAGAGUUGAAAUUUAGGAAUAUUAGGCGUGUAUAUUACUGUAGACUUCCUACUUUGUUUUUAAUAAACAAUAAUGCUGUGGACUCUGGA